AUGGAUGAAGAAAUGCUAGAGGCUGCUGUCCAAUUUGUGGACAAACUUGUUGAGCUUGGGGUACUUCGAAGCACUGAUGAAGGACUUACCGUCCUCGCCAAUGCCCCUCUAUUUGUGGUUGGGAAGGAUGGCCAACCUGGACAAUGGCGGGUAAUUGCGGACAUGCUACGAGGUGGUCAGAACGAUUGUGUGGGGCAAGACCGGGUCUUCAUGCCGAGGAUAGCCCACAUUGUGGACCAAAUGUACACUGAAGGAUACUCUGCAGUGGUCGACCUGUCCAAGUUCUUUUACAAUUUUCCGACACAUCCAGAGGACCGACCGUACCUGGGUCUCCUGCAUCCUAAGACCGAGGAGCUACUGUCCUACUAUGGACUAGCUAUGGGAGCCGGAAAUAGUCCAGCCAUUGCCUGCCAAAUCGGUCUCGCCUUUCUUGGUUACGGAUUCAUCUUGACCUCCAGUGAUGGAGGAGCUGUGCACAUCUGGGUAUGGGUAGACGAUUUCCUCAUCCAUGGGCCCACGCACAAAAAGACAGCCCAAGGGCUGCAAUUCUUCUUGGACAAAGCAGUUGACUGUGGGUUCCUCUUUCAUCCAAAGAAGUUGGUACCGCCUCAGCAAGUCGUCAAAUACUGUGGUUUCCUCUUUGACACCACAACUGUUCCUUGCCUUCGAAUCCCGGAAGCCAAGAAAGAAAGAGCGCUGGCCAUCUGCGAUUACUUGCUACAAUCUCCAAAGCACAAGAAGUCGUCCAGUCUUGGUCUUGCAGUUGCGGUCGGCGUUUUGGAGUCCCUUACGGAAGCAACUCCCCGGCGAUUGGGACAUACUCAUCUCAAAGAGUUCCAUACCAUAGUCCACCCUCCAGGGCUUGGCAAUGGAGCGGCACCCUACUACACUACCACUUCCCUCAACUCCGCAGUUCUCGACAAGCUCCAAUGA